CGGAAACUAACCCUGCCAGACACAGUAGCCAUUAUCUGCACAAGUUAUUCCGUCUGCUGGUCCGCAGCCCAGAUAAAAGGGGACGUGGGUCACAAGAUGGUGUCUGCUAUGGACCUUCAGGAAUUAUUGCUGCAUAUUUGUUACAAAAGGAAAUGGCUGAUCAAUACUACAAAUAUAGCAUGUCCAGUCAAAGUUUGCUUGACAUAGUAGACGAGUAUGCUGCAUGUGAAAGAGAAACGAACAACAAGCAGCCCAUUGCAAAAGUAAUUGGAAUUGUGAAGUUCAAGCCUUGCUUCAUUAUUCAGGGUCACGUCAUGAUCCUGUGGAACAAAAACGGCCGCACUUUUUCUGCAAAUAACUUGAUCCAUUUGGAGCUCGAAGGCGAAAUAUUUGUCCGGCAGCCUGGUUACUACAUUGUUUCUUCGCGACUAAAUCUACGGCAUCGAAUGGAAACACUCGCGUUUAGAAAUGAGACAAGACCAACAACCUUCAAGCACAGUGUAAAUCUGCUCUCACACAAGUAUGGAACAGUGGGCGUUUUAAUGCAAACAGAGAGAUCAAUUGAAAGAAAUGGUGUUAACUACACAAGUUUCUUGUCAGCGGUUUUCAAGUUGGAAAAUACUGACAGGCUCUCUGUGUCUGUAUCGCAUCCGGAAUUGUUAGAUAUUGACAAUCCCAAUGAUGAAUUUCUGGUGUACUACACUUAUGAUCUGCCUUACUAAGCUGAUUAUACAAAUAUAUAUACAUGCAUAAUUGAUAUAGUACAUUUCAAUGUUUAUUAAUUUGCUUGUUUUUUACAAUAGCAAAUGGAAUUGAUGCAUCAUUGUAUUUGUAUUAUAAUGUUUUCUUGUUGUUUUUUUCUACAGACAAUACUUUAGUGAUGAUAGUUCAAUUAUGUUAGGCAACGAUGUCAUAUUGCUUUAACUUUGCUUAUCAUUUACUUGCUUUUACCAGUAUUUAUCUCAGAUAGUACUACAUCAUUCAUCAUCAUCAUUUAAAACUGAUAUAUAACAAAAGAAACAUUAUAUGUAGUGUAUUUAAAUAUAACAAGGAACAAUUAUAACAUAAGUAUACAUACACAAUCUAAACGAGGUAAAAUACAAGCUUUUUUACUCUUCAAAUGCCCUCAUGUCUUGGUUAUGGCACAUGUAUAGACUUAGACACUUUCGCAACAUUCAUAACUGUCCAUGUAACCCACAACAAUUCUCGACUUUGUUUUUGCCAUCUUGCCUGGAACUUACUACCAAAAUCAACCAGAUAAUUACCGUCACUCUUGUCUUUUAAACAUGCUCUCAAUAAAGACAACCCAGCUCUUUCGGAACAACUCAAAGUUGAAUACAGAGAUAACAGAGACUCAAAACCAACAACAAUUAUUCUGCUUUCUUUACGAUUUUGUAGAAUUUAUGCUAUCAUAUAUUGAUAAGGGACACUUUUUGAUGACUUUCUUUAUACAUAGUCAUGUUAAUUUAUAAUCGUACCCAUGUUUUUACCGAAUAUAUAUGAACAUUAACAUAUCACUGAUCAAUUGCAUAAAAAAAUAAUUUCUUUUUCGACGUAAGACAGUGGUGUGAUUAAAAUCAAGUGCAGGUAAUAUGUUGUUUGCAUAUUGUUUGUGAGUUUGGCAACGUAAAAUUUAGAAGAGUCUCUCCAAACCUUGAAUUUGAACAAUAAGCUAUAGAGUGGUUGCAAUACGUUACUUGCUUCGAUACAUAUUUAAGGCUUUGAUAAAUUUCAUCAUAAACCAUCAACACAUAACGAAUAUGGUAGUAAAGUUACACCUCAUUUUGUAAACAACAGAUGGACGAUAUCUGUCCAACGAAAAGCAACCCAAAACAUCGAUUGCUUGUUCAAGUCGUCAUUUCUCAAUGUAAAAAAUAAUUAAAGCUUAUAUAUAAAGGUAUGUGAAUUUAAGAAACAAUGAGAUAGGGCACAACAUUGGCCCAUAAAAUGAAAGCUUUGAACGCCUAUAAGACCAUAGUUACAGUGGUUACACUGGUUUAUUAUAAGGCGUGUAUGCCUUGUGUAACAACCAGUUACAUCGAACAUUUUCAAGGUUGAACCUCAAAAGUCUAGUCUUCAUGUCGACAUCUUAGUUACAAUGAGUUACAGCAAAGUUUUUGGAAAGUUCAAAAAAGUGAUUUUUUUUCUUUCUCAAAUAUCGGGCUGGCGGUUACAUUGGUUGAAUUCGGUUACAUCAGAUUCACCGAAAAUUUUCAAAGUUCAACAUCAAAAACGUGUUUUCAUGUCGACAUCUUAUCAGAGUUAUGCAGUUACAUUACUUACAAUGAGUUACAGCAACCAUUUUAAAAAGUUUGAGAAAAUGUUGUUGUUUUUUCUAUCUGAAAUAUCUGGUUACGCGGUUACAUUGGUAACAACCGGGGAACAUCGGGUACAUCAAAAAUUUCAAAGUUCAACAUCAAAAAUCGAGUUUCCUGGUCGACAUCUGAUCAGAGUUAAGUGGUUACAAUAGUAACAAUGAGUUACAGUAAAGUUUUUGAAAUGUUUGAAAAAGUGUUGGUUUUUUCUAUCUGAAAUAUCGGGUUACGCGGUUACAUUGGUAACAACCGGUUACAUCGGUUACAUCUAAAAUUGUCAAAGUUCAACAUCAAAAAUCGAGUUUUCAUGUCGACAUUUGAUCAGAGUUAUGCGGUUACAAUUGUUACAAUGAGUUACAGCAAAGUUUUUGAUAAUGUGUGUUUUUCUAUGUCAAAUAACGGGUUACGCGGUUACAUUGGUUACAAUAAGUUACAGCAAAGUUUUUAAAAAGUUUGGAAAAGUGUUGUUUUUCUAUCUUAGGUAUCGAGUUACGCGGUGUCAUUGGUAACAACCGGUUAUGUCGGUUACAUCGAAAAAAAAUAAAGUUCAACAUCAAAAAUCGAGUUUUCAGGUCGACAUCUGAUCAGAGUUAUACGGUUACAAUGGUUACAAUGAGUUGCAGCAAAGUUUGAAAAAAAAAAUCUAUGUCAAAUAUCGGGUUACAUGGUUAGAUUGGUUACCACUGGUAAUAUCAGUUACAUCGAAAAUUGUCAAAGUUCAACAUCAAAAAUCGAGUUUACAGGUCGAAUCUGAUGAGAGUUAUGCGGUUACAAUAGUUACAAUGAGUUACAGCAAAGUUUUUGAAAAGGUGUGUUUCUUCUAUGUCAAAUAACGGGUUACGCGGUUACAAUGAGUUACAGCAAAGUUUUUAAAAAGUUUGGAAAAGUGUUGUUUUUCUAUCUUAGAUAUCGAGUUACGCGGUGUCAUUGGUAACAACCGGUUACGUCGGUUACAUCGAAAUAAAUUAAAGUUCAACAUCAAAAAUCGAGUUUUCAGGUCGACAUCUGAUCAGAGUUAUACGGUUACAAUGGUUACAAUGAGUUGCAGCAAACUUUGAAAAAAAAAUUCUAUAUCAAAUAUCGGGUUACAUGGUUACAUUGGUUACAACUGGUAACAUCAGUUACAUCGUAAAAAUUUCAAAGUUCAACAUCAAAAAUCGAGUUUACAGGUCGAAUCUGAUGAGAGUUAUGCGGUUACAAAAGUUACAACAAAGUUUUUGGAAAGUGUUUUUUUUCUAUCUGAAAUAUCGAGUUACGCGGUAACAUUGGUUACAACCGGUUACAUUUGUUAUAUUGAAAAAAAUCAAAAUUCAACAUCAAAAAUCGAGUUUUCUGGUCGAAAUCUUAUCAGAGUUAUGCGGUUACAUUUGUUACAAUGAGUUUCAGCAAAGUUUUUGAAAAGUUUGAAAAUCGAUCUGCAAUCAUAAAUAAAACCAUUCAUGAGAAACAAAAGCCGGUUCAACAACAGAAACUAAUAUUGCCAAUUGUCUUGCGUUCAUCGACAAUUUUGCCCAAAUCAUGCGAAUGAAUAUGUUAAAGUUUUAAACAUGAUUAACAUUAACUUAAAGCGGGUAACCAGUCAUCAAAAUUAAACAUAAUGGCAAAUGGCUCAAUAAAUUUACAAGGUUAUUUGAAUAUCGGAAAACUUAAUUAAAUAAACCGCUGUAUAACACGGAAAAUUUUAAAGGAUGUUCGGAUUGGUAAUUGUUUACAUAAGGCCAGUUGUGCAAACAGAAGCGUCCUAAAUGAAUAACAUGUUUUUGCCUCAAGUGUUUACAAAUCAAUACACGGUGCCAUAUUUUUCUAUAAAUUAUGAAAA